AUUAUUAUAAAAUGGUACUGGAAAUAUUCAACUGUGGAGAAAGCAAACCGAAGAAAAAUUUGAUGGUUUCCUACAUUUGUAAUUGUUUGGAGCACUCAUAUAGUAUAAUGGGAAGUGGAUGUUAAGAUUAUAAUAAUAAUGGCAGAUAAUGUACACAGAAAGUCACAUAACAAACUACUUGACAGCAAGAAGUCAACUAAUCCUAUACACCGCACCACCACGGAGACAAUUAGGAUCGGGGAAUUCUCUGAUCACAAGCUGCAUUUACCUCAGCAGCAGCAACUUCAGACUAACCAGACAACGCAGAAUAAUGUAUCAGCCUCAAUUCUCCCGGGCACACAGCAGAAUAUUCUCAAUAAUCAGUGCAGAAAAAAGACCUCGUCCUUUCAGAUAACAAGUGUAACCGUUGGAUGUCGUAUGAGCAACGACGCUGGAGAGGAUUCUAACGAUGAUCUUGACGAGUCACAUACGGAAGAUAAUUCCGUUGAACACUCGAGAUUAACUGACAUAGAUAUCGAAACUCCAAGUUACUCGGAAGACACAUUUUCAAAAGAGGAUGUGUUUUUUAAUACCAGUAAUGCAGCUUUGGGAACGGCACCGGUUAUUCCAACAAGUUCACAGUAUGGAUUGGCGAUAGUUCCAUCUGAAGGGAACAACGUUAAUAAUUCUGUCAAUGACAACAGCAUCAAUACUCUGGAUAUUAGUUCAGUAACUGAUAACAAUAUAAUAAACCUUCUCUCUAGCAACACCAAACAGGAUACAGACAUUAGAGAAGUUCACUCUCAUGGAAGAAACGAAAGGUUCAAAGUUGUGAAAAUUGAAAGUACUGAGCCAUUUAAACGUGGAAGAUGGACCUGUAUGGAUUAUCUCGAUCAUACCUCUGUAAAUCAAUCCACUGCUAUUAAUUCUGUUAGAGUUUCUGGACCUAAUGAGGUCUGCAUUUCUUAUGGUAUCACGGACAGCGGGGCUGUUGUGCCUGAUGCUAUAAAGCAACCACAAAAUGUGACGGAUUUAGAGAGCACUAAAAGUUCUGGUCUAGAUACAAAUGGACAGAUUUCACAGUCUACGGGAAAUCAAAGGGGUAAUGCGAACCCUGGUGGUGGUUAUUCGGUUCUUGGCACCAAUGUGCAACAAUCGCAGGUUCAGAAUCAGUCGCCGUUACAGCAGCAGAAUUCCACGGCGCAGCUACCUCCUCAAUAUUUUCAGCCUAAUCCACCGCAGAUAUCGCAGCAACAGCAGCUGCAACCGCAGCAGCAACAAAACCCGCAACAGCAGCAAGGAGUUGGCGGAGGACAGGGUGCAACGCUGCCUGCUAACCUGCAACCUUCACAUCAAAGCAAUUUGGGUCAACCACAGAGCAUGCCACAGGGUACGAUACCGAUAAUCACGCAACAGCAGCAGCAGCAGCAACAACAACAACAACAACAACAACAACAACAACAACAACAACAACAACAACAACAACAACAACAUCAUCAACAACAACAACAACAACAACAACAACAACAACAACAGCAGCAGCAGCAGCAGCAGGCUAAUAAUAAUAGCGUAAAUGGUCAGAUGAACGAAAAUACUGAUGGUUACAAUGUGACAGUCUCUUCACAAGUGCCCCCGCAGCCUUUAUCUGGUCAAAACGUCGGACAGCCAAGUGUCUCUCAUUCUCAGUCUGCCUCAUCACCGGCAGCUGUCCAGCCCCAAAAUAUUCUAGUGAGUAAUGUACACCAGCACCAGCAACAAUCUUUGACACCUCAGGGAACCGAACCUCUAGCAACAAUGGCUGGAAUACAGCAAACUGGUGUUCAAAAUCUUCACACAGUUCCUCAGCCCAGUGGGCCUAACCAACAACCUAGCAGUCAGAUGCACCCUUCGGUUACACCUAUCAUGCCGCAGGGUCAAAUGCAGACACAGCAGCAGCAACAACCUUCGGGCGGUGGAGCAAGCUGUCAAAAUGUUAUUGGAAGAUUGCAGCAGGCUCCCGGAGGUACAGGAGGGACAACUUUCCAUCAUUCAGAUACGGAGCAAGAUCCAACGUCAGCUAUUCUUGCAGCUGUUACACAGUCAGCUGAUGCAACGCUCUUAGAAUCAUUGGCAGGAGUUACUCAGAGUUCUGAUGAACAUCAUGCGUUAGAAGACAAUGAAAGUAUGUCUGGGACCAGCGCCGUAGCCAUUGAUAAUAAAAUAGAACAAGCUAUGGAUUUAGUAAAGAGUCACCUGAUGUUUGCUGUUCGCGAAGAGGUCGAGGUGCUCAAGGAAAAAAUCGCAGAAUUAAUGGACAGAAUAAAUCACCUGGAAGCAGAGAAUUCGUUAUUAAAAUCUCACGCAACGCCUGAUAUACUAUCCCAGCUAAGUUCACAGUCUACAACAAAAUUACCACCUCAACAACAGCCUCAACAACAACAGCAGCAGCAGCAGCAGCAACAGCAGCAGCAGCAGCAACAGCAGCAACAGCAACAGCAACAGCAACAGCAACAGCAGCAGCAACAACAACAGCAACAGCAACAACAACAGCAACAACAACAACAACAACAACAACAACAACAACAGCAGCAGCAGCAACAACAACAACAACAACAACAACAACAACAACAACAACACCUUCAACAACAACAGCAGCAUCAUCACCAUCAACAACCACAACCGCAACAACAACCACAGCAGCAACACCACCAUCACCAUCACCACCAUCACCAACAACAACAGCAGCACCAGCAGCAGCAUCAGCUACAGCACCACCAACAACAACAACAACAACACCAGAUACAGCACCAACAACACCAUCCACAACAGAAACAACCCCAACAACCUUCGCAACAACAACUAAACCCAACUUCAAACAGCAAUGCCAAGAAUAAUCCUGUCGGUACUAUUCAAUAAAUUAUUUCCCAACGUAUGUAAAUACUACUUAUUGUGUGUGUGUGUGUGUGUAUGCGGGUGUUCACGCGUGCGUACAUACACACAUAUAUAUCAUAAAAUGCUGAAUAAAUAAAAAUGAGUAAAUUACAGUUAGAAAUAUCACAAUUCAAAAUA